GGUUGAGAACAUUAAUGAAACAGUGAUGAAAAUGGCAAAGAUAAAUGGACAAUCAGCGAAAAAACGUCUGAGUAAGGAAACAAUCACUGGUUGUAUCGGUGAAGUUGUUGGAUGUGUUUCUGGUAUAGAAGUUGAUAUUGAUAGUGUUAAAGUAGCUCAAAAGUUCUACAUAAAGCAUGUGUUGGCCUCUGAUGUUGUUUUGGGUAUGCCGUGGGUUGCGAAAGCAAGAUGUGGCUUCGGAUGGAAGAAUAGAAAAUGUUACCGUACGAUCCGAUCUGGCUUUGAUGAAGCAAUCUUCGUGAUUUCGGAAAAACCUACAUUUGAAGAGAAUAUUGUAGGUCAAGAUUGUAUUAUAAAAGAGAAAAGCAGUGAUGGAAAGAACAAUGAUGUUGUAAAUAUACGGUGUGUAGUAAAUGCGUUGGAGGAAGAUAAAAUGAAGUAUGAAAAAGUGGAUGCGAAAGACGAUAACAUUGAAGAUGCCAGUGAUGAGAAGAAGAAUAGGAUCGUUAAUGUGAUGAAUAAAAGAAAAUCGAAUCAGACGGAAAGAAUGAAAACAAUGUACAUACCUGAUUCAA